CAACGUAAAUCGAUCCCGUCGCAGAAAGACCAACCCCUCCCUCCUCCGCCGUGGCCGGAUCCCGUUUUUGCAAUCGCUUCGAUGGACCGCGCGAGGGAUCGGGCCUCCGCCGCCGUCUCCUUCUUCCUCUUCGUCCUCUCCAUCUCCGUGGAUGCCGCCGGACCGGCGCCGGGAACUCCGCUCCACUCCCUCGCUGGGUCACCUCACUUGGUCCUGCCGCUAGUCCUCUCCCGCGCGAACUCAACUCGCCGAUCCCCCGGUUCGAGGCGCUUUCUUUCCCGUCAAUUUUCAGCCAACGCUCGGAUGAGGCUCUACGAUGAUCUCCUCACCAACGGGUAUUACACUACGAGGCUCUUUAUCGGCUCGCCGCCUCAAAAAUUUGCUUUGAUUGUCGAUUCAGGGAGUACGGUCACAUAUGUUCCUUGCUCCACAUGCGAGCAAUGUGGGAAUCAUCAGGACCCAAGAUUUCAACCUGAUUUAUCAAGCACAUAUGAACCUGUAAAAUGCAAUGUUGCUUGUACCUGUGACCAGGAUCAAAAGCAGUGUACUUAUGAGAGGCAAUAUGCUGAAAUGAGCUCUAGUACUGGUGUGCUCGGCGAGGACCUUAUAUCAUUUGGAACAGAAAGUGAACUUAAACCUCAGCGUGCUACUUUUGGGUGUGAAAAUUCUGAAACUGGUGAUUUAUUUAGUCAACAUGCUGAUGGCAUAAUUGGUCUGGGCCGUGGACCGCUCAGUUUAAUGGACCAGCUUGUUGAAAAGGGUGUUAUUGGUGAUUCAUUUUCUUUAUGCUAUGGAGGGAUGGAUAUUGGUGGAGGUACAAUGGUUCUUGGGGAGAUAACCCCACCUACUGACAUGGUGUUUUCCCGAUCAGAUCCUGUUCGAAGUGCAUACUACAAUAUCGAGCUCAAGGGAAUAUAUGUGGAUGGUAGGCCACUGCAAAUAGAUUCAAGAGUAUUUGAUGGCAGGCAUGGCACAGUCUUGGAUAGCGGAACCACAUAUGCAUAUCUACCAGAGGAAGCAUUUAUAGCUUUUCAAGACGCUAUCCUGAGCAAGUUACAAUCUCUUAAGCAAAUUCCUGGACCUGAUCCAAAUUAUAAAGAUAUUUGCUUUUCUGGUGCGGGAAGUGAUGUCUCUCAACUUUCAAACAUCUUCCCAAAGGUUGAUAUGGUAUUUGGUAAUGGAGAAAAGCUAACACUUUCACCAGAGAACUACUUGUUUCGGCACUCAAAGGUUAGCGGUGGUUAUUGCCUAGGAGUUUUUCAGAAUGGAAGAGACCAAACGACACUUUUAGGAGGUAUUGUUGUUAGGAAUACACUGGUGACUUAUGAUCGUCAGAAUGAGAGAAUUGGAUUUUGGAAAACCAAUUGUUCUGAAUUAUGGGAGAGAUUACAUGUGGGUGGAGCCCCAUCACCUGCACCUUCACAGUCAACAAAUUCCACCAUAUUUGAUUCACCUGCUCCUUCUCCUAGUGUUUUGCCAGAUCAAUUCAAAAUUGGGCUUAUAGCCUUUGAAAUGUCUCUGAAUAUUACAUAUGCUGACCUAUUGCCCCACACAAUGGAACUAGCAGUGCUAAUUGCGAAUGAGUUGGGGAUUGAUACAAAUCAGGUUCAUUUGGUAAAUAUUAUGAGUGAGGGAAACACUACGCGACUAAGAUGGGAAAUUUUUCCAAAUGGGUCUUCUAAUUACUUUUCUAGUUCAGCAGCAACGAAUAUUAUAUCCCGGUUAACUGAACAUCAAGUUCACCUUCCUGAAAAUUUUGGAAGUUAUCAGUUGGUUGGAUGGAACGUUGAGCCUCCUUCAAGAAGAACAUGGUGGGGAAAGCAUGCGGUGGCUGUUAUUGCCGGAAUAUCACUUGUGAUUUUGCUCAGUUUUUCGACCUUCUUCGUAUGGCACUUCUGGAGGCAGAGGAAAGGAUUCAAUGCAUAUAGGUCCGUGGAUGCACCUGUUCCUGAACAAGAAUUGCAGCCGUUAUAAACCAUGCAGCUCGAUUCGACCAAACACUGUACCAUUUUCAUUCCCAACACUAAAACAAACUGUCAUCAGAGAAGCUCACAUGAUAUAGUAGCAAAAGAGAGCUGGUAGAUUGCCAUGAAGAGAUACUGCAAUGGCAUCAAUGAUCCGUGUUUUUCUUAUGUUUUAACAGGACGGGGUACAUAAAUAAGGAGGCAUCAUAUUUUUCUGUCUGAUUAAUUUUUUCUUUUGUUAAAAAAUGUAAGCUCAUUCAGUGACUCAGCAUAAAGUGAACUACAACAGAGUUAAUAGGCAGGUUAUCUCUACACUCAACGUGGUUUAAUCAACACUCACGUUGUACUAUUUUAUGUAUCAUGCUUGCCAUGAACAAACAUUUUGCAGUAAAGGUCUCAUUGGAAUGCUCAA